AUGUACCCGGGAAAAUUAUUAUUAUUAUUAUUAUUAUUAUUAUAUUAUUUAGACUUUCGCGGCAUUCUACUCUACAAUUUUUACUUAAAUUUUUUGGGUUAUUACAAACACAAUAAUAAAGUGUUCCUACCCUACAUAAAGGGAGUCACAGACAAAAUAGCCAAAUUGCUAACCAAAAGGAACAUCUCCACAGUGUUCCUUCCCACUGCAAAAAUCGCCAACUUAUUAAACAACCCAAAAGACAUCCUCCCACCUACAGAUUACCCAGGAAUAUACAAAAUCCCAUGCCACUGUGGAAAAGUCUAUAUUGGCAUGACAUCCCGCUCAGUUCGUGCUAGAACAAAGGAGCACGAACGUCAUUUAAGGCUAAACCAACCGGACAAAUCAGCGGUGGCGGAACACGCCAUCGCUGAAAAACAUAACAUUGAUUUUCAAAAAACAUCAGUACUGAUAAAGAACCCCGAUCCCUCACAUCUACCAUUUCUGGAGGCCAUAGAGAUCCUGAAACACCCGUUAAAUUUCAACAGGGACUCCGGGACACAACUCAAUCCCAUAUGGUCCCCCCUCUUAAAAAUAACGAACUAA